AUGGCAACCAUGACAUCCACCGGUCUGCUUUUCCUGCCUUAUAACAGGGAGAACUCAUCCGAGCACGAUAACAACCAAUCCCGUCAAAAGCACACCGCACUGGAAUACCACAGAAAGCGCAGACUCUCGAAAGUCCUUCCGCGGUCUUCCAUCAACCAUGGUGUCCAAACGAAUCGUGCUAGACUUCCAGGUCACAGCACACCUCCAGAUUCAGGUACAUCUCCUUCCACAUCCACGUCAGAGGAGUCCGAGACGGAAGUCACAUGGCAUCCGCAACCAGGAGUUCUGGGGAAAUGGCGAUUGGAUCCUUUCAACGCUCUUCGCGACGUGCAUGUACCAGAUUAUGUCCAGGAAAUGCUUGAUCAUGCAAUAAGGUUCCAAUGGGCCUUGUAUGGUGCUUCGCGAAACGAAGUGAAGCAUACGCAAGCCGAUAUCAUGGGCGCCGCGUUGAGAAGUCCCGUCGCCUUCUAUUCCAUCGUGUAUGCCGGUGCCUGCCAUAAUGCGUGGCUUCUCCACACCUCUUCGAACGCCAGCAAGAAAAGUAUUCUACUCCGAAUUUCCUACAAGUCUGAGGCCCUGAGUUGUCUGCGAAAGGAGCUUGCACAAUCUCAAGGCUCGAUUUCAGAAGAUCUCCUCCUAUCAAUCAAUCUCUUAGGAGUUCACGACGGUGGGGAUAUGAUUGUGGCGCCGCGAAAGCCAAUGGAUCCACCUCUACGCCUAUAUAAAGACAAUGAAUUCUAUUCGAGCAUGAGAUGGCAACCCAAGCAUCUUGACAUGGUAUACGCCAUGGUGAAACAACUCGGGGGCUUACAGUCACUCAAAAUGCAUGGCUUAGCAGAAGCCCUCGAAUCUACCGCGCUGAAUGACGCGCUCCUCACCCUAGAACCGCCACGGAUCCAAGUGCGUUACACGGCUCAGCAUUACGUAGCGCUUUGUCAGUCAAGAUGGGACGAGAAGGGCAUCAGGCUUUACGAAAAAUUGUCUGCACGGAAGCUAAGGCUCCUGGAUGGCGUUGAAGGCAAAGACUUCGUCUUGCAAAUUCUCGACGACAUGCGUAAGCUGGUCGUCACGUACGAUUGUUUCCGCCGAGACAAGACCCAUGGUCCAGACCUGAUGCAUACGAUUGGAGCAAGGCGUUCCAUUCAAUAUGAUCUCCUCUGCCCGGCGGCUUCGGACGACUGUCGCUAUCGUGUUUGCCGAUAUGCUCUGCUGAUAUUCUUGGUUGAAACCAUCCACCCUAAGCCACGACACAUUGGCAUUCAUCAAAAAUUGGCCGAGAGACUCAUGCUUGCCUUGGACGAAACCUCUGUUCUGGAACUCGAGCACGAACAUCCUGAGGCUUUGACAUGGGCGACCAUACUGGGUGGGGCUGCCGCCAGCGAAACACCCUUAUAUUCCUGGUACGUGGCACAGUUGAGUAGUACUUGCUGCGUAGUCACUGGCGACAGCUGGGACUCUUCCUACCGAGAUUUGCCGUCCUUUCUACUGCCAGGUGUCGAACACGAAGGAAGAUGCUAUCGUUUCUGGCACGAUGCAUGUGCAUUCCGCGCUAUGCGGCGUUCUGCCUCAACUUGA